AAGGUUGAUGGGAACUAAAAGCAAUACUUUCAAAACUCAGAAAUUCCGUUUGAUUUGAUACUGUUGUUACGGUAUGGUGACUCCAGAAGAAAGGACAAUGAGUGCCAGAGCCAAGCAUGCAGCCUGUAAUUUUUCACAGUUACCUACCUUAUCAAGAAGAAUUGCAUUGAAGAAAGUGCAAAUUCAGCGAACAGUGUUGAAACAGUAAAGAUUCAUGUCAGUUGACGAUCUUCGUGCACUACAAAAUGUUUGCGGAAAUUCGUGGCGGUUGGUAUCGCCUGAAGUACUGUUGCUCGAACGAAGGUCCCGCUGGUGAUUGCUUCUGGUUGCUGGAUGUGUUCAUGCUUCUGGCAGGAGUUCGCAGCAAGACAACAUCUAGAUGGACUGCUGAACGAUUCAUUCGUUACUUUAUCAAUGGACUGUUCGCUUUUCAAUCAGUCAUUGCCGUCCUUCACGUGCUUUUCGCGUUUCUUAAUAAAAAUAGCGAAUUAUUUGAAGUAGUUUUUCAUAUCAUGAAACUCUCAGGGAUUUUUGUAGCAGGAGCAAAAGCAUCGCUGGUUGUGUACUACGAAACACCAAUCGCAAACGUGAGAAGUUUAAUCAUCGGUAAUCGUAUCAACUCCGGAGAUGAAGCGUACGAUAGACUGGAGCGAAUGAAGUUCAACCGAUCGGGUCGGAAAAUGAUGCGAGUGGUUUAUGGAGUUAUUUUUGUUGAUGCACUUCUACUAUUGAUCCCAUGUGCUGCUACGAAGAAAUUGCUGGACCUACCACCCCCCUUUUCUAGGGCCGGACCGUUUACAUCGUCUAUUUUGUACGUUCUUUCUGCGCAACUUUUGUUUGUUGGAGUAAUUCCCAAAUUUUUCUGUAACAUGGCCUGCAUUGGAACGCUCAUCAUUGGAAUGCGUACGAGACUGAAGGUCUUGGCUCAUCGUUGGGACCGCAUUUUGAAUUACCCAAUGGAAUGCCCGGAAUUCUAUUUUGAGCGUAUGGAUCGGGAGGUCAGGAUUGUUCUGGACCAGCAGAUGGAGUAUUGGAGAGCAUAUUUUCAGACAGUUGGAGUCCUUGAAGCGUCUAGUGGAGAAAUCAUUCUUCAUCGUCCACUACUACUCGCUAUACAGCAUUGGAACAUGUUUCUUCGUGGCCCGAGAUUUGGGAGUAAAUGUUUUAGCUGUGGCCAUCUAUGCAUCCGCAUUUACCUACUUGACGAAGCACUAUUUGUGGUGCCAUCUGGUUGAUUCACUUCAGGAUGUUGCCGACACAAUUGGAGAUGAGAUCUAUGGGCACAGUGCUCAGAUACCUUACAGUCGAAAGUACCAUCAGCAGUAUGUGCAAAUGAAGUCAUCCCUGAUCAUUGUUUGGCACAACACCAUCAACGGAGUGUCAAUGAAGUGCAUGGAAAUGAUCGAAAUAACAACGGUGACAUUCGUUGAAAUGAUCAACAUUGUGUACUCAGUGUUAACAUUUCUGAUCAAUAUGGUUUAGAUUUAACAUGACGUUGGCUAUCGGCCAAAAAUAAAACGGUUAAAAUAUUGAAAAAUCUCUACAUUGAA